UCAGUUGGAUCCGAUUUAUAGGUCCAAUUUACUUGUUGUGUUAAUUCAAAAGAAGCUAAAACAAAGUGCUCAUCCGCAGCUAAAACACGCUGUGCAAAUAGGGUGUGUUUUAUGGCCACUGGCUUCCCGUUUUGAGUGACAUUUACUUAAAAUACACUUGCCCUUCUUGUUCUUUGCUUUAUAUAAACAUUCAGGUCAAUACAAAAGACCGGGAUAAUUAGCUGGAGUAAUUUCUAGUAGACGAUUUGCACCCAAACGCGUCACGGGUGUGCUACACGUGUGGGGCGUGGAAUUGAACCGCCGCCUAUAAGGAGGAGAGGCAGCUUUGUUUGACGAGCGGCACAGUUCCCGGGAAAGUGGACGCGCGGAGGCGAAGAUGAGGAGCUGCCCACGUCUAAUCGGUAUUUUGACAAGGACCACUGUGUGGAAUGUAAACUCUAGGCUUUUCUAGACCAGAGGCCUACAACAUCCUCCUCUAAAUCUAGAACGACCUCAGUGCCGGUGGAUAACCCCCUCCGAAGCACACCUAUUGAAUUUGUACUGACGGUGGAUACUACAGCUUCCAUCCAGACAGCAAACCAAAGCAGAACAUUUCCAUUUCUCCAUUUUUAUUACUUAAAUCCAUAUCUUUGACUAUUUAUAUUCCCUUUUUUGGAAGUAUUCCUUUAGCUGUGAGCUUUACUUCCAAGACAGAUUUUUCUAAAGUGAUCUCCUAAAAAUGGGUCCUGGAAUGGAAGCAGCGGACAUAGCUGUGGUAGCACUGUAUUUUGUCUUGGUGCUAGUCAUCGGGUUUUUUGCCAUGUGGAAAGCCAAUCGCAGCACUGUGAGUGGCUACUUCCUGGCUGGACGCUCCAUGACGUGGAUAGUGAUAGGUCCAUCACUCUUUGUGAGUAACAUUGGCAGUGAACAUUUCAUAGGCCUCGCUGGAUCAGGAGCAGCAUGUGGCUUUGCUGUUGGAGCAUGGGAAUUUAAUGCACUUCUACUUCUGCAGCUGCUUGGCUGGGUCUUUAUCCCUGUGUAUAUCCACUCAGGAGUCUACACCAUGCCUGAGUACCUGUCGAAACGCUAUGGUGGCAAUAGGCUAAAGGUUUACUUUGCUUUCCUGUCUGUGUUACUUUACAUUUUUACCAAGCUGUCCGUCGACCUAUAUGCUGGAGCUCUCUUUAUUCAGGAGUCCCUAGGGUGGAACCUUUAUCUCUCUAUCGUCCUGCUCAUCAGCAUGACUGCACUACUCACUGUCACUGGUGGACUGGUGGCAGUACUGUACACGGAUGCCCUUCAGGCAGUUUUGAUGAUUGGUGGAGCCCUUACCUUAACCAUCAUCAGCCUAGUCAAAGUGGGUGGACUUGAAGGUGUCAGAACUAAGUACAUGCAGGCAGUUCCCAACGUGUCUGCUAUAAUGGCUACUGGAAAUUUCACCUAUUCUCCUUCCUGUCGCAUUGAGCCUAAACCAAACUCACUGCGCAUCCUUCGAGGUCCUCUGGAUGAAGAUAUUCCUUGGCCAGGCUUCAUUCUUGGCCAGACCCCUGCAUCUAUCUGGUACUGGUGUGCAGACCAAGUCAUUGUUCAGAGAGUACUAGCAGCAAAGAACAUUUCUCACGCUAAGUGCUCGACCCUCAUGGCUGGAUUUCUCAAGAUCCUGCCCAUGUUUGUCAUAGUCAUUCCUGGAAUGAUCUCCCGCAUCAUGUUUGCAGAUGAGAUCGCCUGCAUUGGGCCAGAACACUGCAUGGCUGUGUGUGGUUCUCAGGCCGGCUGCUCAAACAUUGCCUACCCGCGCCUGGUCAUGGCUGUGAUGCCCGUGGGACUCAGGGGUCUGAUGAUGGCGGUCAUGAUCGCUGCACUGAUGAGUGAUCUUGACUCUAUCUUCAACAGUGCAAGCACCAUCUUCACCCUGGACAUCUACCAAACCUUUCGGAAGAAGGCCUUGCAGCGUGAGCUGCUGAUUGUGGGCCGCAUGUUUGUUGUGGUCAUGGUGGCCAUCAGCAUUGCUUGGGUCCCUGUUAUUAUUGAAAUGCAAGGUGGACAGACAUACCUGUACAUUCAGGAAGUUGCUGGCUACCUCACUCCACCGAUUGCUGCCCUCUUCCUGCUAGGUGUGUUCUGGAAACGGUGUAAUGAGACAGGCGCAUUUUGGGGAGGCAUGACAGGUUUCACACUAGGUACCAUACGACUGAUCUUAGCUUUUAUCUACCGCCAGCCUCGCUGUGACCAGCCAGAUGAUAGGCCUGCCUUCAUCAUUCAUGUUCACUACAUGUAUUUUGCUGCUGGGCUGUUCUGGAUUUCAGGGCUUGUCGCGGUGGUGGUCAGUCUCUGUACCUCUCCACCAGGUGAGGACCAGGUUCGCACCACCACAGUCUGGGGGCUACGCAACAUUGAGAUGGUUCCCUUAAAGGACCGAGAGGAAAUGUACAGGCUGACUGACAAGAGCCAUUGUAACGGUGAUGGAAGCCUCCAUAAAGAAAUGCCCCCAGAUGUCAAAAAGCAGAGGUGUUUGGAUGGGGCGGAUGUCAAACUCCUGGUCCCAUCCACUGACUAUGACACAGCAACCCCUAGUACAGAAACAUCCCCUGCAACCACCCCUGCAGAUCGUUUUGAUAAUGGAAAGAUGGAGAUGAUCAGAGCAGAGGAAGGCUGCAAUGGGAAUGGGGACAGUAGCAGGUGCAUGCGCUUAAUGGACUGGUUUUGUGGCUAUAAGGAGGGAGCACACAACGCUCAGCAAAAAGGGAUGCAGGAGGAUGCAAGAGUCAUCGCAGAGAUGCUGUACGAGCCACCAAGAGUUAAACUUCUCCUCAACUUGGGUUUGUUAUGCGUCUGCUCUGUGGGCAUCUUCAUGUUUGUUUAUUUUUCACUGUAGUUGACUGAAUCCUGCACUGAACUAAUGGGGACUGGUGUGGGGGCUUUUAUGAACGUGGAAGGUAUGUGGGGGGUUUGGGGGCUGUUACAAACAAACAGUUGAAUUUUCAGAGAUUUGAGAAGCUCUGUCUGUAAUAUUUACAGUUGUCUUUUGUAGCUCUCUAACAGGGAUCUAAGCUUAUUCUAAUCAUUUUUUUUUAAAUGAUUAAAGCUUCUCUACAUGAAAAAAAACUGUACACCUGUAUGACUAUGAAGCUCAUUUGGCACUGGUGUGUCCAUUUUGUACAGUGCUUGUUGUUAAUCCUUCAUUCAGAAUAUCUACUGGGAUUUUUAGAAUUGUAGUACUCUAAGUGAAUUUAAUAUAUGCCUUAUUUGACACAUGCACUUGUCUUUAUUUUUUGUAUGGUGGAAAAAAAAAACAUGUAUUUUGUGAUUUAAGCUUUUUUUUUCGACUCUUGUUGACAGUGACUGUAGGCUUAGUUGCUGGUGUAGCAUACAUAUGUCUGUAGUAACUCAAAUCUAUUUUAGGUUAUAGGCCAUGAGAAUUUUAUAUAAAUUUCUGCCACUGAUCACUAUGAUUAUUACUACAUUUUUAUCAGUAGAAUUUCAAGUAUGUCAUUGCUAUUUAUUUUUAUUGUGCCCUGGACAAUAUCUUCAAGGUUAUUAGCAAAUUACAUGAUAAAUGUCCAAAUGUUUUGCUGUAGGGAGUAUGAUAUCGAAGCCUCUCUUUUUUAUGAGGGGAUCAUUAUGACACUUAUAAAACGAGGUAGUAUUAAGUGCUUAAAAGCAUUGCUUCUCUGCUGGUCCUGCAUAUGACCAAUAUGUUUAUGGUGAUAAUUAUAUUUACUGGUUUGAUUUAGCCUACUCGAGGUACUGCAUCAAAAAUCAUUUUGUCAAGCUUACAGUCAAUACCUGGAAUUUAGAAUAUGUACAUACAGAGAAGAAGCACAAGAUUCGAAAUUGUUAUCCCUUUUUAAGAUUUUUCUUUUCCAUCAGAAGAGAAGAAAUAGCCAAACUUAACAUUGUGUGGUACUUAUUCAUUUUGAUUGGCUGUUUCAUCUGUUGUCACUGAUGACCAAAUUACUACUCGCAUCUGGCUCUAUGCUGGUAUUUUCUUUUAAAUGGUUUAAAUACUUCAUUUUCUACUACUGUGUUUUUUUUUUUUUUUUUUUUGUGUGUGUGGCUGUAUUCUUUGUUAGAUUUCAAUACCAACACAUCGUUUCAUGCACUACUAUUAUAUAAUAAAAAGUACCUAUGCUUAUGAUUCUGUAUCAAUUUACAUUUUAUCCAUAUGUGGUUUUAUGUUUCACAUUGUUGAAAAGUGUGUUGAGUCUGUUGCAUUGUGUUAACGCUGCGUACAAUUAUAACACAGGGUUCAUCAUAGUAUAGUAGGCUAUCUCUUGUGUAUCUACUGUGUGUCAAUGUACCUCUAGUGCCCUGCAGUGCUGAAAUGUCAUUUAAUCUUGUUUCAAGUGCAUCUUUAAUAAAAAUCCUACCAAAUGUGUCUUAGUGUGCAAUGCUAAAGUGAAAAAACACCCAAAAAAAAACAUAUACAAAGAAAAUAAAAAAUAAAGUGCUCAGUUUUACGUCCUGAAAUUUUUUGUGCAGUGAAUACCACAUUUGUUCAAAGCCAUGUCAUAAAUCAGCUCAUAUUGUUCAUUUUCAGUUAACUGCAUAUCAGCAGAGAAUGAUAAUGUUUGUUGCAGGAUUAGCACAUGAUUGGAUGAGUUUACUCAUGAUGUUAAUAAGCGUAAUUCAACCAGGUAAAUAAAAUUACUGGCCUUCUGGAUUGUGCUCAUUAUUUCCACAGUGUAAGGUGUCCAAAUAUGACCCCCCCCCCUUCAGAAUUUAAAAACUAAAAACGUGUUUAUAUUGUAAUUUGUAAGCAGUGUUGAUUCACCUCAGUCCAAACAGUCAGUGUCAUAAUGUGCCAGGCCAUUUCUUAUCAAUGUCAGGCAUAAAUGAUGCAUAACAACUGGAGGAUUGAUAAUUGAUGAUUGAUGUUUGGGAAAGAGCUUUAAAAACCUUUUCUUUCUUUCUGAGAGAAUAUACAUUGUUAUUUUUAUGGAUUUUAUUUUUAGAGGCUGAAAAUAAAGUUUCUGUGGAGACAAAAAAGACAAAUGUGUACUCAU